GGGGCGGGGUUCUCUCCUCACGACCGGAAGUGGCCGUUGAAGCCGGCUGUAGGCGUGAAAAGAGGGGGGAGACCUGAUGCUUCGGCUCCCUUCGCUAGGUUUGGUGAUCGUCUCAGAGCUUCCGGGCGGGGGAUAGGAGUGUGUGGCAGGCUCUAGAGGGAGGGAAGCCCAGGUAUCACUAUGGCAACCGCCAGUCCUCCGGCCGCGUGACGUCACUCCUCUCUUCGCUUGAAGCGGCCUCUGUGGGAGAGAGCUGGGGCGUCCUAGAAGGGGCGCCCAUCGCCUCCUUCAGAGUGGGGCUGUUCCGCUCCGAUCCCUGGGAGGGCUUUGUUCUUUUGUUCCGGCCUAGGAGGAAGGACCAGAGCCGGGCCCCGCCCUGUUGUCCAUUUUCCAGCUUUUCCGCCCUGCAACAGGUGUGUCUUCCUGAGCCCGCGGGGGUGUGAGCCCGCAAGUGUGCACAGAGGUAACCGUCCGGGUAGGUGGGAGCUUCUGGUCAGAUUCUAGGAUAGGCGACAGGGGUUUUGGAAUCUGGGGAUGAGAAUCUGCGUUCUCGAUCUCCAUUCUGUUUUUGUUCAGCCGGAAUGCCACAUGUCUCUUUAAUGCUCUCUCUGGUCACUUCUCUUUUCCAAGGACCUCUUGGCCGCUCUGCAAAACUCUUGAGUUGUGAUUGUAUGACAGUUGCUGCUGACCUCAUCCUGUGUCUUUUAGGGUAGCCAACUUCAGCGGGCGUAAGGGCUCAUCCUCCUGCUGAACAUCUGGGCUCCAGACUGAGGACCCAGCUUGAGAAACCCUGGUGUCCUGAUUCCAAGAGGAAGGGGAUGAGCACUUGAGAUGGAAGGAAUUACCGAAAUGGGACCCAGAGACAUGAAGUGAGUAAAUGCUAUUGGAAAAAUGGUGCUGAUAGACUGAGUGGACAUAGCAUUGCCACAAGACUUCAAUUUAUAAAAAACACAGAAUUUGCAAAGUGCAAAUGAAGUGAAGCACAAUAAAAUGACGUUUGCCUGCAAAUGUCUUCAUAACAAUCUGUCCUCUCCAGAGUCUGCCCUUCUCCAAGGGGGACGUACUUCACUCCCAUCAGCUAGUUUUCAGGAAUCAGUGACCUUCAAGGAUGUAAUAGUGGACUUCACACAGGAAGAAUGGAAACAGCUGGAUCCUGUACAGAGAGACUUAUUCAGGGAUGUGACGUUGGAAAAUUACACACAUCUGGUCUCGAUUGGACUCCAAGUUUCCAAACCUGAUGUGAUUUCCCAGUUAGAGCAAGGGACGGAGCCAUGGAUAGUGGAGCCCAGCAUUCCAGUAGGUACCUUUGGAGACUGGGAGACAAGACCAGAAAAUAGCUUAUCAGUCCUAGAGCUGGACAUUUGUGAAGAAGAGCCAUCUCUAGAGGCAUUAGUAGAAAAGCACAAAAGGGAUGAUCCUUGGAGUUCCAACUUCUUAGAAACUUGGGAAUCUGAAGGCAGUCUAGAAAGGCAGCAGGCAAAUGAACAGACACUGUCACAGGAAAUAAAAAUAACAGAAAAGACAAUACCUACUUUGGAGAAAGACCAUGUAAAUAAUGACUUUGAAAAAAGCAUCAAUAAGAGUUCAGACCUUUCAACACAAAAAGAAAUAUCUCCAGAAGAGACCUCUACUAAAACGAGUGUCAAACAGAAUUUAAACCGCGUUAAAAAAGAGAAAUUGUGUAAGUGCAAUGAAUGUGGGAAAGCUUUUAGUUAUUGUUCAGCUCUUAUCCGCCACCAGAGAACACAUACUGGAGAAAAACCCUACAAAUGCAAUGAAUGUGAAAAAGCCUUCAGCCGGAGCGAAAACCUUAUUAACCAUCAAAGAAUUCAUACUGGAGAUAAACCAUAUAAAUGUGAUCAGUGUGGAAAAGGCUUCAUUGAGGGUCCAUCUCUUACUCAACAUCAAAGAAUUCACACUGGAGAAAAACCUUAUAAAUGCGAUGAAUGUGGGAAAGCCUUUAGUCAGAGGACCCAUCUUGUUCAGCAUCAGAGAAUUCACACUGGUGAGAAACCAUAUACUUGUAAUGAGUGUGGAAAGGCCUUUAGCCAGAGAGGCCACUUUAUGGAACAUCAGAAAAUUCAUACAGGAGAAAAACCUUUUAAAUGUGAUGAAUGUGAUAAAACCUUUACCAGGAGCACACACCUUACUCAACAUCAAAAAAUUCAUACUGGAGAGAAAACCUAUAAAUGUAACGAAUGUGGGAAGGCUUUCAAUGGGCCCUCGACAUUUAUACGUCAUCAUAUGAUUCAUACUGGUGAAAAGCCAUAUGAAUGCAAUGAAUGUGGGAAAGCCUUUAGUCAGCACUCAAACCUCACUCAACAUCAGAAAACACAUACUGGGGAGAAACCGUAUGAUUGUGCUGAAUGUGGGAAAUCCUUUAGUUACUGGUCAUCCCUUGCUCAACAUCUAAAAAUUCAUACUGGAGAAAAGCCUUACAAGUGCAACGAAUGUGGGAAGGCCUUCAGUUACUGCUCAUCCCUUACUCAACAUCGGAGAAUUCACACCAGAGAAAAGCCCUUUGAAUGCAGUGAGUGUGGAAAGGCUUUCAGUUAUCUCUCAAACCUUAAUCAACAUCAGAAGACUCAUACCCAAGAGAAAGCUUAUGAAUGUAAGGAAUGCGGGAAAGCCUUUAUUCGGAGUUCAUCUCUUGCUAAACACGAAAGAAUUCACACUGGUGAGAAGCCUUAUCAGUGUCAUGAAUGUGGGAAAACCUUCAGUUAUGGCUCAUCCCUUAUUCAGCACAGGAAAAUACAUACUGGAGAAAGACCUUACAAGUGUAAUGAAUGUGGGCGAGCCUUCAACCAGAACAUACACCUUACACAACAUAAGAGAAUUCACACAGGAGCAAAGCCUUAUGAGUGUGCUGAGUGUGGCAAAGCCUUUCGACAUUGUUCCUCUCUUGCUCAGCAUCAAAAAACUCACACAGAAGAAAAACCCUACCAAUGUAAUAAGUGUGAAAAGGCUUUUAGCCAGAGUUCCCAUCUGGCUCAGCAUCAACGAAUUCACACUGGAGAGAAGCCCUAUAAGUGCAAUGAAUGUGACAAAGCCUUUAGCCGGAGCACUCAUCUGACUGAACAUCAGAAUACUCACACUGGGGAGAAACCUUACAACUGUAAUGAAUGCAGGAAGACUUUCAGCCAGAGCACUUACCUCAUUCAGCAUCAGAGAAUUCAUUCAGGAGAGAAGCCUUUUGGAUGUAACGAUUGUGGAAAAGCCUUUAGAUAUCGUUCUGCUCUCAGUAAACAUCAGCGGUUGCACCCUGGUAUAUGACUUCUAGGAACAUCAUAAACACAGGGGAUACAUUUACUCCAGUUUGUCCUUUUGUUCCAGGAGAAUCAGGAUGGAUUGAGAAACUCCUAAAAUAUUUUUACUCUUCACUGCCAUUCUCUGGAAUGGAAAGUACAUUGGGCUGAAGUAAUCCAAUUAUAUUGUUAAGCAACUUUUGAUGUUGACAAACUUAGCCAUUCUAAGCUUCGGUUUCCUCUGUGAAUGAGGGAAUUGAAGUAGGUGAUUUCAGAGGUCGUUUGGAGUUUUAUAUUCAGUUUUUGUAUAUUUACAAUAUAUUCUUGAAUAGGAUUAUUAUAUAUCAGCAUUUUGCUAGGUUCCAUUUUAGAGUGUAUGUAUUUAUGCAUGUUUUGCCAAUAGAAAGCACCUGUGUUUAAGUAACUAGACUGGAGAUCUAUUAUGCUCCUAUUCUAACACAUUUAAGUUGUUUAAGUAACUGGUUCCUAAUAAAAAGAAUUGUAAAAUACCUUCAAAUUAGUAAUUCAGGAGAAUAUAAUAGCUUAACUCAGUGCAAAUAUUAAACCUUCCUAUUGUUUUCUCUCC